UCUCAUCAGUCUCUUUAAAUGAAACUAUUUCAUCAAACAGUCCAAUUUACUCACAAUUAACCAAAUACAUUGAAUUAACUCCAAUAGUAAUUAGAGGUUUCCAAACUGUAUUGAAUUUACCAGGAAUUGUUGGCUCGACAAUUGAUUGUCACCCAAUCAUCACGACUCAGAAAACUUCAGCUUAUGUGAUCAAUUUUGGUUCAUUGAUUGAUGAUCGUGUUGUUUUCACUAGUUUAAUAUUCAAUGGAUCACAAUUAGUUAAUCUAAUGAGGAAACCAAUUGUCACACCUUAUAUUGCUACUCUUAAUUUCUUUUUGAUCCUCAAACCCUUUAAUUAUUUUUCUUCUCGUUGUUUAAUUGUUACAAUUGAUUUAUACAUUAAUUCAUCUGUUUAUUUAAGUCACUGAUCAGAUUGUUACAAAUUUUUUAACUUAAGUUGUUACAUUUAAUUUAUAUUUUCUAUCCGAUUUUUAUACAUCUUAUUAUUACAAGAGAAAACAAAUUACAAUCAUUAACCAUUAAAUUAUUAUUAUCCUUUCAAUUGCUCUUUAAUUGUCGAAAAUUAGAUUUAAAAUCUUUCUAAUGAAAACAAUUAGAUUUCUAUUGAUCAACUAAAUCGUAUAAAUCAGUUAAUUGAUACGAAUUAUCGAAUUAUUGGAAUGAAUGGUAAGAAUAAAAAUGAAGAUUCGAAAGUUUCAGUUAGUAAGAACUCAGUGUCUCGAAAAGUUUUCGAACCAAUAACGAAACUGAUCGAUAAAAUUGGAAAAUCUUCCAACGUAAAGAAAUCUCGUUUUAUAUCAAAGAGGUCAAAAAUCGCCCCGUUAACUAUUCCCGAAGAGACUUCACCAUUCCUGAAAUUAUAUUCUGAGCGUUAUUACAAUUUGAUUGUUAAAGAUCCGAAAAAUGUUAAAACCAAAUACAAUACAAUUUGUUUUCUGAUCCUUUCAAUGGCUGAGGAUAAAUUUGAUGAGCGGGUUUGUCGUUUUCUCGAUGCCUUUAUGCCGAUAACCGAUAUUAAAAGUCACAUGGAUUCGUUUGACGACGACUUUGGAAUGGCCAUACAACGACAUCGCGAUUUAAAUGUUAUCCUUAAUUACUGGCAAUUAGGUGCACUUCGUAGAUACGAGUAUGAUAAAUGGAACUUAAUUGCUGUUCGUAAGACUGAACUUUUCCUUUCUUUCCAACGAGAUCAAAGUAACGGAUUCACUUAUUAUAUCAAUCGAAUCCUCGAAAAACCAAUUAGAGGUACAAUGAGUCAGAUUUUUUUACCUUCCAAAUCCGGUAAAGCCAAUUUGAAGACUCAUAAUGAUUUCGUUGAUCCUGAAAUUAAAUGUACUUUGUCGUUGAAUAACAACACUCUUGAUUUACCUCUGAAUGAAGCGAUAGCCAUUGUCACCAGUGAGAAACGUAAAUUGGAGAAACAGAUUGAAAAUUUCUCUCUCUACUUGAGAUGUAUUCGUGAGUUAAUCAAGAUUAACGAAGCUAAUAUGGCGAAAAUUUAUUCGUACCAAUUUAGAUGGCGACCAACUCGUUUAUCUGAACGAGUUCAAAGUGGACGAAUCAUUACUAAUCCUCCGAUUUCCGAGCUUAGACAAGCAUUUCUUGAUUCAAAUCCACGAUAAAUGUCAAACCAUAAACUGGAAAACAAUCAAAUAAACCACAAAAAAAAACAAGUAGAAAUUAAAAAAUCAAAAAUUCAUUUACAAUCAACUUUUUUUUCAUUUCGAGAUAAAAACGUUUCAAAUUUUCCGCU